GUGCGGGGCGGGGCCUGAAAUAGCUGCAAAGGGCCUGGAUGGCUCCUCCCUGCUCGCGCGGUGCCGUCACUUCCUUCCCGGCCGGAGCUGGCCCCGCUUAUUCUCUUUAGUGUUUGCCCUGUGUCUGCCGCCGCCGCGACUCGCUCGCCUCCCCCCCUCCCCCGGACCCCCCCUCUCCUGGGAGCUGCCCAUGGACUGAGCCGCCCGACAGCCCGCCCGCCCACACGAGCCGGCCCGGGAGCCGCAGCCCAGACAGCCGCCAGGCAAUCUCCAACAUAUAAAUAAUCCCCUUGGAACUAAAGCCAAAAGUACACUGUCCCUGGAUUAUCUAAAGGUAGAAAUUCAAGCUCCUAUACAGAAAUAAUCUGCAUUCAAAGCCAAGUUUACCUACAGUGAUUGCUUUGGAUGGAAGUCAACAUGUCUCAAGCUCAAAUCCAGAAUCCGUCUGCUGCUCUUUCUAGCAGCCAGCUACUAAACAAGAACCAAUCUCUUGCACAGGCUUUGAGUAUUCCUUCUCCCACUAGCUCUCUGCCCUCUGAGAAUGCAGGUAGACCUAUUCAAAAUUCUGCUUUACCCUCUGCAUCUGUUACAUCUACCAGUGUAGCUGCAGUUCCUUCUAACAUGGCAAACCCCAAAGAGAAAACCCCAAUGUGUCUUGUGAAUGAGUUAGCCCGUUUCAACAAGAUUCAGCCUGAGUAUAAGCUUUUGAGUGAGCAGGGUCCAGCUCACUCGAAGGUAUUUACAGUGCAGCUGACUCUUGGGGACCAGCACUGGGAAGCGGAAGGAACUAGUAUUAAAAAAGCUCAACAUGCAGCUGCUGCCAAAGCUUUAGAAGGGACAAGAUUUCCUAAACCUACAGCUCGCCCGUCACGUAAUGAAGGAAAGAACCCAGACAGUGUAACCCCCACAGUGGAGCUGAAUGCGCUUUGUAUGAAGCUGGGAAAGAAACCUAUGUACAAGCCUAUAGAUCCUUACACAGAGAUGAGGUCCACCUACAACUACAGUAUGAGAGGUGGUGCUUAUCCCCCACGGUACUUCUAUCCAUUUCCUGUGGGACCCUGGCUCUAUCAAGUGGAGCUCUCUAUUGGGGGACAGCAGUUUCAUGGGAAAGGUAGAACAAGACAGGCUGCUAAGCAUGACGCAGCUGCUAAAGCACUGAAAAUCCUGCAAAACGAGCCCUUGCCUGAGAAACCAGAGAUUAAUGGGAGAGAACCAGAUGAUGAAAAUCUCAAUAAAUCUGAAAUAAGUCAAGUGUUUGAGAUUGCACUUAAAAGGAACUUGCCUGUGAAUUUUGAGUUUUUCCCUCUGAAACAGGUGACCCGCGAGAGCGGUCCCCCUCAUAUGAAGAGCUUUGUAACAAAGGUAUCUGUGGGCGAGUUCAUGGGUGAGGGAGAAGGCAAGAGCAAGAAGAUUUCCAAGAAAAAUGCGGCCAUAGCAGUCCUAGAGGAGUUGAAAAAACUGCCACCUCUUCCUACAGUGGAGAAAAUGAAGCCCCGAAUCAAAAAGAAAACAAAAUCAAUAGUCAAGCUUCAGACGAGCCCCGAAUAUGGCCAAGGUAUGAAUCCUAUUAGCAGACUGGCUCAAAUACAGCAAGCAAAGAAAGAGAAGGAGCCAGAGUACAUGCUCAUCACAGAACGUGGGCUUCCAAGGCGCAGGGAGUUCGUUAUGCAGGUGAAAGUUGGCAUGCAUACAGCUGAAGGAAUGGGUACCAACAAGAAAGUAGCAAAGCGCAAUGCAGCUGAAAAUAUGCUGGAGCUCUUAGGAUUUAAAGUCCCACAACCCCACCCCCCAAAACCAGCACUAAAGACAGAAGAAAAGACGCCAGUAAAGAAGCCAGGCGAUGGAAGAAAAGUAACCUUUUUUGAACCUGGCUCUGAAGAAACAUCAGCUAGUAAUAAAGAGGACGAGUUCAGGAUGCCUUAUCUCAGCCAUCAGCAGCUUCCUGCUGGCAUUCUUCCCAUGGUCCCAGAGGUUGCACAGGCUGUAGGAGUGAAUCAAGGACACCACACCAAAGAGUUCAGCAGGGCAGCCCCCAAUCCUGCCAAGGCUACAGUGACGGCCAUGAUUGCUAGAGAGCUGUUAUAUGGUGGCACUUCUCCUACAGCUGAGACCAUUUUAAAAAACAGCUCCUCCGGCCAUGUACCCCAUGGACCUCUCACUAGACCCUCCGAACAGUUGGAUUACCUUUCUGGUGUUCAGGGAAUCCAGGUUGAAUACAAAGAUUUCCCCAAAAACAACAAGAAUGAAUUUGUGUCUCUCAUAAAUUGUUCCUCUCAGCCACCCCUGAUCAGCCAUGGAAUUGGAAAGGAUGUGGAAUCCUGCCAUGACAUGGCUGCAUUAAACAUCUUAAAAUUGCUGUCUGAGUUGGACCAACAAAGUACAGAGAUGCCAAGAACAGGAAAUGGACCAAUGUCUGUGGGAGCGUGUGUUUUUACUCGGAGAGUUACAAAAAUCAAGCAGUGUCAUCGCCUUGGAUGCGUGAAACAAGAAAUGGAAAGUGACCCUCUUCUCAAACCGGCUAGCUCAAACACUUUGGGACAAACACUGGACACCACUGCCUAAACAGGCUUGACUGGACCCAAACCUGAAAGCACCAGAGAAAAUCAAAUGCUUCCUAACUAAUGUAACCUAACUGUUUUAGAGUGCUACAGUUGUCACGACCUACUGUAGUAUCUAAAUCAUAACCGUUGCUUUUCAAACAGUGAUAAAAUUUUUAGUUUCAUUACAUUGUUUUGAAUGACACUAUAAAUUUUUCAUUUAAAAAAGAAAGUUUCUUAAUUGUACCUAGAACUAUAGCACAGUUUAGAAACUUUGUUGUCUGACACAUUUACCUAUGAACUAACUUGGGAAGAUCAUAUCCAUGUAUGUGUUUGUUUUUUUGUUUUUAAUGAAAUUGUAAAGUUUCACUGGAAACAAAUUGUGUGCCUGCCAUUUGAUUUAAAAAAAAAAAAAGAUAAGUCAGAAGUUAGGCAAGCCUGGCCUAACCAUCAAACGGUUGAAUAAAUAAUUAUUCAUUUUAGGAAUUUUAAACUUUAUUUGAUCAUUUUGAUUUCUAGAAUAUUUUUUCGGGGUGGGGAGGGAGGGAGGGAAACCUGAAUGCAACAGAAGUUUAAAUGGACGCUAAUCUUUGUUUUAAAAAAUUGUGUGUGUGUGCCUGUAUAUAAAGGCACACAAACUCAGUACAGUACAGGAUAUGAUCUCAAUGUAGUGCAUAUAAAACUGCAGAUUGAUUUUCCUUGAGUGCUUUAUACUGUUUAAUUACAUCUCCAUGUAGGGCUGAAAAAAAUUACCUAUGUUUCUAUAUAAACUGUGUUGCUUUUGAUGUUGUGUUUAUUGCACACAGCAAUGUGUGCAAUAAAGUUUUUGCAUAUGGUCCAGGUAAAGCACGAUAGCCUUGCAAGUUAAGUACUGCUUCAGUUCAUUGUUUACGCUGGAAUUUUUUCUCCCCAUGGAAUGUAAGUAAAACGUAGUGUUUGUCACCAAUAAAUAGUAAAAAAAAAAGAAAA